GGUGCAAGAUUCCACUGUUCACUUGGUCAGAUGAUUGAGCAGAAGUGAUGACAGUCCUCCUCCCCAGGAUUCUCAGGCGCUGGGAGCAACUCCUUGCAAUCCAACUGUGAUUAUAGGAUUCUUCUGUGAUUUAUCCAAGACACUUCCAUGCAGACUUUAUUUACAGUCUGCGUUAUGUCUGGGGCCGGCCGCCAGCUUGCUCUUUUCCUCUGCAGCUGCUACGUGGUUGCCCUGGGAGUCCACGCUGAGGAGCCACGUGAGGCUAGUCACCACGAGGCUGAACACUACAUGGCCGCCGUGUAUGAGCACCGAUCCAUCUUGACCUCCGACCCCCUGGCUCUCAUGAGCCGCAAGGAGGCCUUGGAGCUGAUGAAUCAGAACCUCGACAUCUAUGAGCAGCAAGUGAUGAUCGCAGCCCAAAAGGGCGUACAGAUUAUAGUGUUUCCAGAAGAUGGCAUUCAUGGAUUCAACUUUACAAGAACAUCUGUUUACCCGUUUUUGGACUUCAUGCCAUCUCCCCGGUUGGUCAGGUGGAACCCAUGCCUGGAGCCCCACCGAUUCAACGACACAGAGGUCCUCCAGCGCCUGAGUUGUAUGGCCAUCAAGGGAAACAUGUUCCUGGUGGCCAAUCUCGGGACAAAGCAGCCUUGUCAUCGCAAUGACCCUGGGUGCCCAAAUGAUGGAAGAUACCAGUUUAACACGAAUGUCGUGUUCAGCAAUAAUGGAACCCUUGUUGACCGCUACCGCAAACACAACCUGUACUUUGAGGCAGCUUUCGAUGCCCCUCUCGAAGUGGAUCUCAUCAUCUUUGAUACCCCCUUUGCUGGCAAAUUUGGCAUCUUCACCUGCUUUGAUAUAUUGUUCUUUGAGCCUGCCAUUAGGCUCCUCCAAGACCCUGAGGUGAAGCACGUUGUGUACCCAGCUGCUUGGAUGAACCAGCUCCCGCUCUUGGCAGCCAUUCAGAUUCAGAGAGCUUUUGCCAUUGCGUUCGGCAUCAACUUUCUAGCUGCUAACAUCCACCACCCAACUUUGGGGAUGACUGGAAGUGGUAUACACAGCCCUCGGAAAUCCUUUUGGCAUCAUGACAUGGAAGACUCCAGAGGUCAUCUUAUAAUAGCACAAGUAGCCAAAAAUCCGCUGGGUCUUAUUGGUAUGCAGAAUACCACGGGUAAAAUGGACCCGUCCCACAGUAAGUUUUUAGAACUCUUGGCAGGUGACCCAUACUGUGAAAAGGAUGCUCAGGAAGUCCACUGUGAUAGAGCUACCAAAUGGAACAUGAACGCUCCUCCCACAUUUCACUCGGAGAUGAUGUAUGACAAUUUCACCCUGGUACCUGUGUGGGGAAAGGAAGGCUACCUCCGUGUCUGUGCAAAUGGCCUCUGCUGUCAUUUACUUUACCAGAGGCCCACUUUGUCCAAAGAGUUGUAUGCCCUGGGGGUCUUCGAUGGUCUGCACACUGUGCAUGGCACUUACUACGUUCAAGCUUGUGCCCUGGUCAAGUGUGGGGGUCUUGGCUUUGACACUUGUGGGCAGGAGAUCACAGAGGCCACGGGGAGGUUUGCGUUUCACCUGUGGGGGAACUUCAGUACUUCCUAUAUAUUUCCUCUGCUUCUUACUUCAGGGAUGACCCUGGAAACCCCUGAUCAGUUUGGCUGGGAGAGUGACUACUCUUUCCUGAGGAAGAGGGGACUGUCCUCUGGCCUGGUGACAGCAGCUCUGUACGGGCGGCUGUAUGAGAGGGACUAGGGCCGUGUGGGGCGGGUGGCCCUGCCCUUUCCCAGGCUGCCGCUCAGGAGCCCUGGGACUGCCUCUCCGCCCCAGACUACCAUCGUGGCAGCUGUGGGACAAAGUAGAAGAGGCUGAUUCCCCCAGUGGCUUUUCCUCUUCCACGUGAAUUAUCGAGUCUUUUCUGGCAGUCUCUGUUCACAUUUAUUGUUUCCAAGUCACAUCUUCCUCCAGCCAAUCUCUCAUUUCACAGUUGGUUUUUAGAGCUAAAACAACAAUAAAUGUCAGUUGAUAUUUUGCAUACCCACAAAGCAGUGGGUUUUGUGUGUGUUUUUCCCGUUCUUGUUGUUGAUCAAGUGACACCCAGGACACACAAGUAUCUCACGUAUCUCAAACACUGGCAAAGGUGAGAAACAAACUCCCAAAGCAAAAGCUGUAUUAGAAAUGGCUGUGUGGGCCCGAUUCCAUUCUGGAGGAACAGAAUUCUGUCCAGAGGAAACAGUAAUGCCAGAGCUUUCGGCAACAUCAGAAAGGUGCAUCUUGAAGCAGCUCUUAAAAAUAGAAGGGAAGUUUUCCUUCCAUCUGUCUUUCUGUCAGUAAAUGGAAUGUGUCAGGCAGGACGUAUAAUAACUGGAAAGAAAGAGCACAGUGCCCCAGAGAGACAGAACGAGCGAGCGAGAGGGAGGAGGCUGGAAGGAAGUGCUGAAGAGAGGAGCAGCAGUGGGAAAGUAUGAGUAAGAGGAUUCUUUCUGCACAACGUGUCUCAUCCAGGAUUCCAGAGACCUUAAUAGAUCAUGCUAACUUUGGGUGAGAGCCUGCCAGUUGCCCAACUGUGCAGGACGGAGUGACAUGGGUGUGAGUCCAUUUGCAGUCCCCAGAGGGCCUGCCCUUUGAUGGUGGCAUCCCACCUCUUGAAGAAGUUUCAAGAACUGCCAUGGAGGUUGGCCCACGUCGUCAUUCAUUCAUUCAAUCACACAGCAGGUGUUUUUGGAGAGUCCACCAGGUACGGAGUAAGGUCCUGCCAAGUAUGAA